CAGAUGGAUCCAACCUGCCCUUGGCUGGGAUUAAGGUGCUUGAUAUGACAAGAGUGUUGGCUGGUGUACGUGAGAGCUACAUACCAAGAAAACACUGGUCUAACCUGAAUGCAGCCAUACUGCACGCAAAUUCUUGGAGACCUCGGAGCAGACGUGAUCAAGAUUGAGCAUCCCACAAGAGGAGAUGAUACUCGUGCAUGGGGACCGCCGUACGCCAAGUAUACAAACGACCAACAAGGGCCGGGAGAGAGCGCAUACUAUCUUGGUGUAAACCGCAAUAAACGAUCGAUAGGUCUAUCCUUCCAACACCCAUCCGGUGUUGACAUCCUACACCGGUUAGUCAAGGAGUGCGACGUGCUCGUCGAAAACUACCUACCUGGCUCACUUGCCAAAUAUGAUAUGGACUACGCGACAGUGUCAAAGAUCAACCCAAGCAUCAUUUACGCGAGUAUCACCGGAUACGGACAGACAGGACCAUACAGUAACAGAGCUGGUUACGAUGUCAUGGUCGAAGCGGAGUUUGGCUUGAUGCACAUUACCGGUGAACGCGAUGGACCUCCAGUUAAGGUCGGAGUCGCAGUUACUGACCUUACCACUGGGCUCUACACCUCCAACUCAGUCAUGGCAGCCCUUCUAGGUCGAAUGAAGACUGGUAGAGGCCAGCACAUCGAUGUUGCGCUCAGUGAUUGUCAAGUUGCCACACUCGCAAACAUCGCCAGUUCGUGUCUCAUAAGUGGCCAAAAAGACACUGGUAGAUGGGGUACAUCGCAUCCAUCCAUCGUUCCAUACAAAGCCUUCAAGACAGCCGACGGAGACAUCCUCAUUGGAGGCGGCAACGACCGUCUGUACGGCGUCCUAUGCAAUAAGAUUGGCAAGCCGGAAUGGACAACAGACGAACGUUUCAAAACAAAUGCUUUACGUGUACAGAACCGAAAUACGCUAGAAGACCUCAUCGAAAAUAUAACUCGACAAAAGAGUACGCAGGAAUGGCUUCAGGUCCUGGAAGGUUCAGGCAUGCCUUACGCCGCAAUCAACGAUGUGCAGAGCACCUUGAAUCACGAACAUGUACUCGCCCGCGAUAUGGUCAAGGAAGUGGAACAUCCAGCAUGCGGACCCAUGAAGCUCGUCAACACUCCUGUCAAGUGGUCUGACUCCAAGCCCGGCAUUCGACUGCCCCCACCAACGCUUGGUCAACACACCAACGAAAUCCUUGCAGACACAUUGGGGAUGAGCAAAGAAGACAUUGAUGGGCUUCGGAGUGAAGGCGUGGUCGCCUAGAGGUGUUGCAUUGGUAUUUGGUCGAACAUUUGAAAAGCAGUUCUGCAGGUGUAGUGUACAUGACGGCAUGAUUUUCUUGAAUAGUUGGAGUGAGUUGAGUUGGAGUGUUCGAGCGAAACCGUUAUGUGGAAAUUGGUAUGAGCUGCGGAGAGGGUGUGAAUGCGUAGUGAGGGUGGCACAGUAAUAGGACGCGUAGCACUUCCUGCUUUCUCCAUACCCGAGCUACCCGAGCAACCCAAACUCAGACAAAUUUCGUACUCAUCGCAAAUACCAGUCUAGA